UGCGACGUCUUCAACGGCUUUGCGGAGGAGGCAGAGACAUCUGCAAGAUUCAAGGUUGUUGCAAAUCGUCCUGAAUCAGCGGAGAUCGACUUUCGUUCUGAUCUUUGUCCCUAUCCCGGGGAUGACGACUUAGCACGCGAAGCUUAUGAACGCGAGGUGCAGAGUGACAAUCUACGUGUUGCACGCUGCGCCUGGGCUUACAUGAUUCUUCCCGUUGAAGUAAAGUCCAAGGAGGAGGAUUGUGCCUACGGUAUGCAGAUCGCGUGCAGAGCUACUCGAUCUGGCAACGUUCGCAAGGUACCCCUUCUCCAUGACAGUGCGAAAGGGAAGAAAGCAAGAGCGCAGUUUGCCAAGUAUGCGAUGGAAGUUAUGCUGCAGCAGCAUCGUACCCACUGUUUCGCCAUUUAA